AAGCCACAGAUGUUUGCAAGCAGCGCAAAUUGGCCCAAACAGGCUAAACGAGCCAAACAGAGCAAACGAUGCAAACAACUCCUACAUUAGCGUCAACUCUAUCAACCUUAUACUUUCCAGGUUCCAACGUCAUCAUCCAAUGGGUCUUACUCCCGCAUGCUUCCCGCAUCCUUGGACCUGGCAGCGGGAUAUCAAAAAGCACGGGAAAAGCGGAGAAACCACAAUGGACUUGACCACAAUGCAACAUUUCGCUAGGAACCGGAUGAGGAUGCUUACGUUCUCCCAAUUGCCCCGUUUAAUUAACCCUAGCCUUCUGCCAAUUUGCUGUUCGUUUCCAGGCGAGCGAUGGUCAGGUUCUAGCAACUCACUCUACGUCAUCGGUGUGGUGAAAGUUUGGAGACUAAGGCAGCGUAUCCGCGAUUGAGCAGCUUUUUGCUCUACGAAACUCUAACCACCAGAGCUAAAUUAUUCCUCAUCCCUCUCCAUCGCGGACGAUAUCUGAGCAUCGGCAAGCUGCUACUCGACCCCGUAAAGUGACCAUUAAGGACGACGGACCGUUCUAUUCAGCCGAUAUUCAGGUACUAAUUUCAUUUCUAGACCCAAGCCCCCUCAGACCCUCAGACUGAUUCCAAUCGUCCACACCCCGGCUGACGGCACAUCUCCCUGGGGAAGCAGUGCGGAAUUUUGAGCCUGGUUUAAAGUCCGUAUAUAUAUAUAUAUAUGUGGGUGUGUGUGACCCGCCUACCAAGGUUCAUCCAUUCCACUAGCUUCUGUCAUACAUUUCAUCAUCUUUCUCCGUCCCUGAUCGCAGAACAACAGGAUUUUUUUAUCAUCUUCACAUUUUCCCUAUUUCAUUUGCAGUUAACUAUUCUACAGCAUAUAUUUUUCCAAUCUUCAGCGAAAAUGGCGCCUUCCAAAUUGAGCAACGUACCUAUCAUGGACAUCCAUGUAAAUGACCUCAAGGACUCACUGGUCAACGAUAUCUACGCAGGGCUCAAGCCCUCGCAUGGAGGCGCAAAGUCCUUACCAACCCUCCUCCUCUACAGUACCGAAGGCCUUCGUCAGUUUGAAGAUAUCACUUAUGUGGAUGAGUAUUAUUUGACCAACGCCGAGAUCGAGGCCCUGACCACACAUGCAGCCAAGAUUGUCAACCAACUCCCGGAAAAUGCACAGCUGUUGGAACUGGGUAGCGGGAAUCUUCGGAAGAUCAAGAUAUUGUUGGAUGAGUUUGAACGAAAGCAAAAAGCAGUUGAAUAUUUCGCUCUGGAUCUAUCCCGAGAGGAGCUUCACCGGACCUUCGCUGAAAUCCCUCAGGGAGGUUAUAAAUAUGUUCGAUGCCGCGGGCUCCACGGCACCUACGAUGAUGCUCUCAUCUGGUUGACUAGGCCGGAGAAUAGACGAAAUCCGACUUGUAUUUUGUCCAUGGGAUCUUCCAUUGGCAAUUUCACUCGUCCAGAAGCGGCGCAGUUUUUGAACCGAUUUUCCAAGAUGCUCGGGCCAUCCGACUCCAUGCUGAUUGGAAUAGAUUCCUGUCAGGAUCCUGAAAGGGUCUAUAAGGCUUACAACGACAGUCAGGGCGUUACCAGGGACUUUUAUAUGACAGGGCUUUCCCACGCUAAUUCUAUUCUCGGGUUUGAAGCCUUCAAAAAGGAAGAUUGGGGCGUGGCUGGUCACUACGAUGUGGUGUCUGGGGCCCAUAUGGCAUAUUAUGUCCCUAACAAGGAUGUUACCUUCGAUGGAGUGGUCCUUGAAAAGGGUGAAAAGAUAUUUUUCGAGCAGGCCUUCAAAUAUGGGCCAAAGGACUGCAAAGACCUAUUUCAACAUGCGGGACUAACACCAAUAGCACAGUUUGGAAAUAACACCGGUGAAUAUUAUGUUCAUCUUCUGUCGUCUUGCGCCCUGGAAAUGCCAACUCGAGCAGCGCAGUACGCAGAGAAUGUAAUACCCAAUGUCGCAGAUUUCGAGAACCUCUGGAAGACCUGGGAUAUGGUUACUUUAUCCAUGAUUCCGCAGGAUGACCUAUUAUCAAAGCCGAUUAGGUUAAGAAACGCGUUGAUUUUUUACCUUGGGCAUAUUCCAGCUUUUCUUGACAUUCACCUGACACGAGCCACGGAUGGCACUCCGACGGAACCCAAGCACUUCCAAUCGAUGUUUGAGCGGGGUAUUGAUCCAGAUGUUGAUAAUCCCGAACUUUGCCAUGAUCAUUCCGACAUCCCAAGCGAAUGGCCAUCCCUUGGAGAGAUUUUGGCUUACAGAGAUGCAGUUCGCAGCCGAACACUCGCUCUAUUAGAGAAGAGAACGAAGGACCGCCGUUUGGCCGAGGCGUUAUGGAUUGGCUUCGAGCAUGAAGCGAUGCAUCUUGAAACAUUCCUAUACAUGCUUUUGCAGAGUGACAAGGCUCUACCACCCCCUGGAGUUCUCCGACCGAAUUUUGAGUCUCUUGCUCGCCAAUCCGCGUUAGAAUCAAGGGAGAACUCAUGGUUUACAAUUCCUGAGCAGCAGAUAUCUAUUGGCUUAGAUGAUCCGAACGAGCAUGUUAUCCCAGAGCACUCCUUCAGCUGGGAUAAUGAAAAGCCCAAGAGAAACGUGAACGUUUCAGCCUUUGCUGCGCAAGCCAGGCCUAUUACAAAUGGAGAAUAUGCAACAUACUUGGAAGAGCAUCACAUCACAACCAUACCAGCGACAUGGAUUGACCUAACCCCAAAGACUGGUGAUGUUAAACGGAAUGGCUAUGACAGUUGCAAUGGCUAUUCCACCAAUGGGGUAAGACAAUCAAGCACCAGCGCGACCAAGAAGUUUCUGGAGAAAUUUGCUGUUCGCACUGUCUUCGGACCUGUACCAUUGAAGUGGGCGCUUAAUUGGCCGUUGAUGGCUUCUUAUAAUGAGCUUCAAGGGUACGCGGAAUCUGUCAACUGCAGGAUUCCCACCUUUGAAGAAGUUCGAAGCAUUUACCAGUACUCCGCGUUUCUUAAAUCUAAGCAAAGAAAUGGAGCAACUUCUUUGACAAACGGGCAUAGCAACGUGCCUAACGGGACCGUGAAAACCUUUGACAGAUCAGUUGAACCCGCUAAAGAUACUCACGGAAACCCUCGCUCACCGGAUCACCAGCCUGUUCAAUGCCCUUCAGCAGACCCCAUGCCAGUGUAUAUCGACCUCGACGAAAAUUGUAACGUUGGGCUCAAACACUGGCACCCUACCCCAGUCACCCAAAACGGAGACAGACUUUCCGGGCAGGGUGAACUGGGGGGCGUCUGGGAAUGGACAAGCACUCCUCUACAUGCGCAUGAAGGGUUCAAAGCUAUGGACCUUUACCCAGGCUAUUCAGCCGACUUUUUCGAUGGAAAACAUAACAUUGUUUUGGGGGGUUCCUGGGCCACCCAUCCUCGGAUCGCGGGUCGAACAACAUUUAUUAACUGGUAUCAACGCAAGUACAUCUAUGUAUGGGCAGGUGCACGCCUAGUUCGAGACAUCUAAAAUUAUUCAAUUUUUGAGCUCCACAAAUUUGUCAAGAUGCAAGAGCAGCAUGCUAUUUGUCUGUCAUUAUCAAUAUAUGUUUUUCUUUUUUCCUUCCGCUGGCAGAGUCAUAAUCUACUACAUUGCCUGGACAAUACAACAUUAAUGUAUAUAAUAAAUUUAGGGUGAAUAUUGUUAAAUGUACAAUUGUUCUUGCUUAGUCUCUUCUUUUAAAAAGAACUACGAACGCUACACAACAAUGUUACUAUUUUUAAUCACAUAACAUUCAGCAAAAGAUGGAAAAUUCUAUCCUUUGGUUCAGAACAGGUAUCUUGUAUUGUAG